GAGAGUUUUUUUUCUGGGAGAUGGGCGGACGGCGGGGUUUAGUGCAGCAAUGUUUGACUUCCUCUGUUGAGUUUUCCAUGCUGGCUGGUGUUUUCAGGCCUGACCUGAAGCAGACAGGUGAUUGUGCUCUGAUGUCAUUGCCACACCUUGUUCAAGGAGAGAGAGAGAGAGAGAACUGAAUGUGCAAGGAAGAAAGGGGCUGAGGGAGACUGUGAGGCAACAGAGUUACUCGUUUCUCAUUGAAAGCACCACUUCAGUUCGAGCUUUUGUCCAUUUUCUCUCGGUUUGAGGAGAGGGCUUGCUUUACUGAAGUGCUGGAGGUAAAGAUGUGUCAAUGACGACUUUGAACAGAAGAAUCACAAAGUGGUUGGAAUCUCCGAGGACUUCUUCUGCCUCUUCUCUGAGCAGCCAUGACAGGAUGUCCACAGUCACCACCUCCACCAGCUCCAUGUCAGUCAACACAGACUGCUCGGACAACGAGCGCCCGGUGAGUGUCGGCUCAUCGGGCUCCCUGCCAGAUUGGCGCGGUGCCACUGGGACCCCUCCCCCGGGCACCCAGACCCCAGAGGCUGGGCCCCCAGGGGAGGAGUGCAUCCAGGUGGAGUUGACGCCCCAUCUGCGGGCACUGAAGGCUGACCGAGUGUGCAACAACAACAACAACAUUCAGAACCGCAGGAGCCCCGAUGGCAGCUACCACCAGGUCCCUUUGUCUCCCAUAGCGACCAGGGCCAUGGCCCCCAACCCCAAGCUGUCGUACGUGGACAGGGUGGUCAUGGAGAUAAUUGAAACCGAGCGGAUGUAUGUGCAGGACCUGCGGAGCAUUGUUGAGGACUAUCUUGGUUAUAUCAUUGAUGCUCUGGACCUGCCUAUCCGUCCUGAACAUGUCUGUGCCCUGUUUGGAAACAUUGAGGACAUCUACGAGUUUAACAGUGACCUGCUGCAAGACCUUGAUAGCUGUCACCAUGACCCUGUGGCCAUUGCCAGAUGCUUUGUGGACAAGAGUCAGGAUUUUGAUAUCUACACCCAAUACUGCACCAACUACCCCAACUCUGUGGCAGCGCUGACCGAGUGCAUGAGGAACAAGAUCCUGGCCAAGUUCUUCAGGGAGCGUCAGUCCACUCUAAAGCGCAAUCUCCCACUGGGCUCUUACCUGCUGAAGCCAGUUCAGCGGAUCCUCAAGUACCAUCUGCUGCUGCAGGAAAUAGCAAAGCACUUUGAUGCCAGCCAGGAGGGUUAUGAGGUGAUUGAAGAAGCUAUAGACACCAUGACAGGCGUGGCCUGGUAUAUCAAUGACAUGAAGAGGAAACACGAGCACUCUAUCCGACUGCAGGAGGUACAGAGCUUGCUGAUCAAUUGGAAUGGACCAGAUCUGACAACGUACGGAGAGCUGGUCUUGGAAGGAACAUUCCGGAUACACCGAGCCAAAAACGAACGCACUUUAUUCCUGUUUGACAAAGUUCUACUGCUGGCCAAGAAAAGAGGAGAGCACUUCAUUUACAAGACCCAUAUUAUGUGUUCCGCACUGAUGUUAAUUGAAAGCACCAGAGACUCUCUCUGCUUCGGACUGUCUCAUUACAAGAACCCAAAACAGCAGCACACUGUCCAGGCAAAGACAGUGGAAGAAAAGCGUCUCUGGACACACCACAUCAAGAGGUUAAUUCUAGAGAACUACCAUGCCAUUAUUCCCCAGAAGGCCAAGGAAGCCAUCUUGGAAAUGGAUUCUUACUAUCCUUCCAAGUACCGGUACAGCCCGGAAAGAUCCAAAAAAUCUAUGACUAGUCAACCGGUGGAGGAGCUUGUGAGCUACCGCAGGGGCCGCAGGCAGUCUGAGCCGACGAAACAGAUCCUGAAAUCCUUGGUGCAGAGCGUUUCGCUGAAGCACGCAGGCAGCGAUGGAGAGCUUCUGGGCAAUAAGGAUUCCUUGAAUUCAUUGACGGGUGUCAGUUCUCUUGGAUCUAGUACGAAUGAGCCUGAGGGUGAGAGGGAUGACAUUGAGGACAACCUGGCUCAUAGCAAAGAUUCCUUGGAGCUCCAGAAUGCAAGUGACUCCGAGGAAACGGCGAGAGGUACAGAGAUUGUCCAAGAAGGCAUGGAGCCGGAAGAGGAAUUAAUGAUAGAGGGCGACCAGACUGAAGAUCCUGUUGAACUACAGGAUGUCAAAGGAUGCAAGCGGCAGAACAGUCAGCCCUCUGGAAAUCCAGAGAAGCGCAGGGGCUGGGACAGUGAUUCCAAUGUCUCUGAAGAGGUUGCUUCUGAUGUGGAACCAAUAUCCCUCCAACAGAUGGUGACUGAAGCGUGCCGUUCUGCCCUAGAGGAAAUCCAGUCUGACUCAGAGACGGCGUGCAGUACAGAGGAACCCAAGGGGGCAGAUGAAUCCACAGAGGAUGCUGAGGUGGAAGGCAGUGAUUCAGGGAGGGGUGUUGCAGAGUCCACCAUGGAAUACUCGUUCAGCGAGCCUGGCGAGGAGCCGAAGCACCUCAGCAGCGAAGACUCGACCGACGAGGACGAGCAGGAGCGCAGCUCACGCAGCAUUCUCCCGCCAUCGGUGCUGGGCCAGGCCAGCCUCAUCGCCGGUCAUGUCACCAACAGCCGAUCGCGCCGCAACAGCUUGGCGGCGGACGACGGCCGCUCCCAAGGCUGCCCGACACCGAAGAUAACAAGCAGACAAAGCAGCCUGGAGUGCGGGGACAAACUACCAUGGAACAGCGGCGCCUUCAGCCCUAGCGACGACUCCCAAGGGAGCGUCUGUCAAGCCAACGUUGGCCAGGAGAAGCACCUCGACGAGCCUAAACCCAGCAGCCCGGAGGACGCGCCGGGAGAGGCAGACCGGAACAUUCCGCGGAGAAGGGACUCCACCUUGUCCCGCCAGGACCGCCUGCUCAUUGAGAAGAUUAAGAGUUACUAUGACAAUGCGGAGCACGAGGAUGCCAACUUCAGCAUUAGACGGCGAGAGAGCCUGUCCUACAUCCCGGCAGGCUUAGUCAGGAGCUCUGUCUCCAAGUUGAAUAGCCAAAACAAGGAAGAGGACUUGCGAGAGGCCACGCUGAGGAGACGGUUGGCUGCUUCCAGUGGUGAGCCACUGCCCCACGGUUUGCUGAACCUUCCAGAUCCCAAACCCCAACGAGGUUCCCGCUCCCCUUCUCCGGAAUCGGAAGCCCAGCAGCCAGAGCACGACCAUCCUGCGGAAGAUGGUCUGCCUUUGGACUUCCCGAGGGAAACCGCCCCCAUUUCCCAGGACCCAAUCACCGAUGGUGAAUUCCAGUCAUCUGCGGACAUGGUCAAAGUCUGGGAAGAGAUGGAAAGAGUAGCGGACGCUGCGGCAGAGCCUCGCGAGAGGACGGAGCAGAGAGACGAGACAAUGCUGAGGCCCAAGGUCUGUGACCGUACCUCUGAGAUGAGAGAAGCUGCACACCCUGCACAAUGCCAAAUAAAACAGCUCAGCAACGGCAGAAUUAUUUUUGGCCUUGAUUUCAGCGAGCCAUUGGUUAUUGUGGAAGACAGUGACCUAAGUGCCAUAAAGGAAGAGUCACCCCUUUCUUCUCCAGCUAGGUUCACUCAUGAAAGUGGGUUACAAAGAAGGCCGAGUGGGGAAUCUCAACGCAGUGACAGUAACCACGAGGGUGAAGUGCUGUCUGUCCUAACAUCUGCUCCAUUGGCUCAAGGACCGUUGUGCAUCCAACCGGCCAAGUGCUCGGAGACCGAGAGCAAAACCUCACCACCGCAACCACCUGACACCAGCUCCAACCUAACUGUUAAGAGGCAGGACCAUCCAGCGCAAGGCACCAGAGCAACCAUAGCCCAGGCAGGCUCGAGGGUCGAGAGUGAAGAGUUACUGAGAGAGGUGACGGAGAAGGUGAAGACCAAGGUCUACCAACUGGCCAGGAUAUACAGUCAACGGAUUAAGAAUAACAAGCCAGUGGUCCGAAAGAGAGCCCAGUGCAUAGAAGAGGAGCAAUUGAGCAACAAGGCAGAAAGGGGGAGUGAACUGUCCAAGGUGCCUUAUCUCCAGAAGGACAAAAAGGAUAAGGUUGUUGGCGCAGAUCAAUCAAAGAUGGCAAUGUCUCUGCCAUUCUAUGAACAUGUCAUUAUUCAGGAGCAAGUGCCAUUGGCACCGUUGAUGGAGGAGCCCAAUGCCCUGCCUCUGAGCAAGGACUCGCAAUCACCCCUUGCAUCUUCCAGCAGGAUCCCAUCCCCUCGACGUUCUGUCGUCAGCCCGAACUUAACAUCCCCAGUGAGGUCCCAUUCUAGGAGCCCCCUGAGCCCGACUGAAAUGGAAACCUUCCUGUGGCCCGACGUUCGGGAACUCUGCUCCAAGUAUGCCGCCGUGGACGCUCAGUUUGCGAGAAAUUCUAUGCAGAGGCCAGCCGGAGCGAGCCCUGUGAGGAUGGCUGAGAGUGGCCACCCCAAAAUGAGCCGAGUUGCCAAGAGUAUGUCCAUGCCCAAUGGGAUGAUGGAAGGCAGACUGUCCCACACCGGUUCUUCGGAACGAGAGGACAAGUCCAAAGCUGGCCACUGCCAAUCCGGUGCAAAAUCUCAGCCGCCGAGGGUAACUUCCAGCAUGGGGGCCAGGAAACAGUUGCAUUCUGACUCUUCCAUCCAGUACCUUAUACAGGCGACCCCUGAAGGUUCUUUCAGGAACCACACGGCCCGCUCGAGGACUGCGUCUUCGGACUGCAGGUGCACUGAGCACAGUUCCAGUUCGGAUUGUAAGCACUGUCACUUUAUGAGAGACGCUGAAGGCGCUCAUUACGUUUCCUCAGAGUUUACCCUGCAAGACCAGCAGGUCGUCGUCAUGGAGAAAUUGUCAUGCGAUGGGGACGAUCUGAGCAGUCAUAGGAACGAGCAGACCGUGAAAGAGAGGAGCGGCAGCGGAGAGGGCUACGUCCAGAUCAGGUCUCCAACAUCGCACGAGAAGAUCUCCAUCCGGGCAGUGGUGGAAAGGUGCAGGGCCUACCAUGAGUCAGAGGAGUAUAAGAUCAGGCAAGAGAGUGAAGCAAAGAGCUGGAGGCCAGGAACUACCAAGACUCGAGCUUCUGUGGGAGCUGAGAAGGAAGUCUCCUCGAACAAACAACAGGCAGAACCCAGAAAGGAGAUGAGCCAGCUCCACAGGAGGACAGACCUGGGCCAACAUGGCCUGGUGAAGAACCUGAGAGACAAGUUUCAGAGCCUGAGUUCGGCCAGGUAAACUCGCACUGGCUUUGUUCUCAAAUGCUUCUUAGCUAUCAAACCACUGUACCCGGUCAAAUGGAUGUAAAAAAUUAUUCAAGGUUGGUAUUUUGUUUUUGGAGAAGGGGCCCAGAACUUUCACUGAAAUGUCUAGAACCUGAAACUAGUAACUGGUGUCUCAGUGCUUAGCCAGUUUAUUUAUCAAACCUCAAUAAAUUUAUAAUUGAACUGAU